AUGCAAGCCCUGCAGAAGAUUGUGGGUGGCGAUCAGGCUCGUGCGCAGAGCCUGGCCACUCGCACGGAGGAGAAUAUAUAUGAGAACACGGUCACUCGGGCGCAGUGGGGGCACCACAUGUCCUCCAAGAUCAACAGCAUCCUUGCCAAGAACAACCAGGCGCCCUACGCAGGCGUAGUCGAUGCACGGUACCAGGGGUACGGCGGCGCUGCCCCCGCUCCCGGAACCGCAUCGGCGGCGGCUCAGGCCCCGGCCAACCCUGGCGGGUACUACGAUGCGCAGGCGGGCGCCUACCCUCCACAGGCGGCGGCGGCGCCGCCGCAGCAGGCCCAGUAUGCGCAGCAGUACGAUCCGCAGUACCGCGUGCAGGGGUACCCCGCCCAGCAACAGCCGCAGUAUGGCGCCGCGCCGCAGGCCCAGGCAGCGCCCCGCACGCACCAGCACCAGCACCAGCAGCAGCAGCAAGGGGUUCCCCAGGGCGCGCCGGCGCAGCAGGCGGGGCCGGGAGCCUACCCCGGGGCGUACGGCGCCACGAAGCAGCAGUACGCCGGCGUACAGUACGCCCCGCAGGCGCAGUACCCCCAUCUGCCCGUACAGCAGGCGCCGCCGCCGCAGCAGGUGCAGCAGGCCGCGCCGCAGUACCAGGUGACAGCGACGCAGUACCAGCCAGGCCCCCAGCCCCAGUACCUGCCCCAGAAGUCGGAUUAUCCGCCCAGCACCCUGCCACAGUACUCCGCGCAGCAGUCGCAGCAGGCCUCCCGCCCCCCGCCCAUGCCCCUGCCCGCCACCCGGGCGGCGGCCACGGAGGCAGGGACGGGGGGCGGCCCCUCACCCGUCGCCGCCUACCGCCAGCUCCAGGCCAUCGCCCGCAGGGAGCUGCUCAAGGACGCCAAGGCCCUGGUGGCCCGCAUCGACAGCGUGGCCGCCUCGCGCUCCGGCGCACACAGCUCCUCUGCGACCAUGCGUGAGACGCUGGCGCUGAUGGAGGGUCCCGGCCUGCCGGACCCCGACAUCGACGGCGCGGCCGUGGAGGCGCUGCGCAAGCGCCUGGCGGACAUGAAGCAGUACCGCCUGGCGGCGGCCGUGGGCGACAUGGACCGCAGCGGCGGGCCCGUGGCCGCGCGCUGCGUGGCCUCCGCCCAGCGCGUCAGGGAGCGGACGGGGGCUGGCGGCGGCGGCAGCGUCGGGGGGGCCGGUGCAGGUACGAUCCGAGACGGCCUGCCUGUCGCCGCCGCCAUCGUCCGGGUGCCCGCCGGUGCGGGCCGGGUCUUCCGCGUCGUGGACGGGGCUGCCGGAGGGCAUGCGGGUGCGAUCCCCCCCGCCACGGAUGGUGCGGCGGCGAGCGGGGCAGAUGCGGCGACCACAGAGCCGGGCAUGGCGCCCGUCGCUCCCUCUCCCGACCCCGACCUCCGCUGGGCGGACACGCUGUGCGCGGAGGCGCAGGCGGCGGCGCGUGGCACGGCGCGGUUGCGUGUACUCGGCGCCGCCGCAAACGGGGCGGCGCUGGUCGCGUGCGAGCCCGCCGGCGAGGGCGCGGGGCGCUGGGCCACGCUGCGCCUGCGUUUGGAGCCGGGAGCGAGCUCCCCGCCCACGCCUCUGGACCAGCAGCCCGCCAUCAUGGCAUCGGCGGUGCUGACCCCCCUGGUCACCCGACUGCUCCGGAGUUUUAUUCGCAGCUCGGCGGAGAGCCGGGGCUCCACCCUGAAGGUCUCCUUCUCCUCGCGAGGCACCCUGCUCCUGCACAACCUGGAACUCGAUCUGGAUGCAUUGGUGCCGGGGCUGAGGGUGCACAAGGCCCUGGCUAGGGCCCUGGAGAUCACUAUACCCUGGGCGGGCCUGUCCUCCCAGCCCAUCCAGGUGGUGCUCACAGCUGUGGAUAUCGAGGUGGGGCCCGAGCCGGCCUCUGCUGAUGCAGGGCCUGAGACCAAGGCCCAGCAGACCAAUCUCGCCUCCCAGGCCCCCCAUGAGGGAGGGCGGGGUCCUGGAUGGCUGGGCGGGGCGCUGCAGGGCUGGCUGCUGCGCACGCUGUGCAACAUGCAGGUGACGCUGAAGCACGUCUCGCUGGCCUGGGUCGGCGCGGAUGGGGCGGUGGCGGCGCGCUGCGCUUUCCAGAGCCUGGAGUUCUAUACAGACCCCAGCCUCGUGGCCGACAUGGAGGUACCGGAGGCGUGGCUGGGAAAGUGCCUCAGCCUCACAAACCUGUCGUUCAGCAUGAGGGAGGCUAGCGGCGGCGUCCUGGGCCCCCUCUUGGUGCUUCCCCACGCAAGCCUGACCCUCAGCUCCCCCAUCAAUGCCUUCAUCGAGGACUGGGACGAGGAGCGAUGUGGCGACGACCCACUGCUGACUGAGCUGGUGCUGGAGCUCCAAGACCCCACCCUCAGCCUCACCGACGGGCAGCUGUGCACGCUGCGCACACUGUGCAGCGAAUGCGCCGCUGCCUUUGAGCCCCGGGGGGAAAGCGUGCUGGAGCGGGAGGAUUCACAGCCUCCUGCCAGGACUCUGUUGCGCGAGCAGAGUCUCAGCGACGGGAGUCGCGAGGAGAACCUGGGCCUGCCAGAUGCUGCCUCGGUGGGCUCCCUGGAGGCAGCGUCCAUCCUGGCAGCUUGGGCGCAGGUGGCCGCGCGCGUGGCAUCCCGGGUCAAGGCCUCGCUCACGAUGCAGGCCAUCCACGCGUGCUUUGGGGUAUCGGCGGUCCGCCCCGCAGCUGCAGCACAGCCGGCGCCAGCCCCUGCCCCGGGCGAUGUGGUGUUGCGCAUGGGCCAGGGGGGCGGCGCGGCGGCCGCGCAUCCCGACGGCACCGCCGGUCCUGUCUGGGACGAGGUCCUGGCACUCCGGCCGCCGCAAGGUUCAGAAAAUGAGAUCCGGGGCCAGCGGGGCGCGGCGGUGCGGGCCCACUUCCAGUCGCUGUCCGGGGACGGUGCGGCGCCGGCAGGGCGGGAGGCAUCCAAAGAGGCCCGGGGGACGAGCUUGACCCUGGAGGCGGGACGCCUGCUGCUGGCCGGCUCGCCCACCGCCCUCGCCGCCUUGGGCCGGGUCGCAGCGGCGCUGCGUGGAGAAGCCCCUGCGCCCAGCGGCGGCGGGGGUUGUGGUGCGAGGAGCGACGGGAAUGGAAGGGCUGACACUGCCCUGUCAGAUGAGUGGCCGGAUGCAGAGGUGCCGCGAGAUGCGGCGCAUGGCAACACCGCGAUCUGGCCAUGCACGGGUGGCAGCCUGGCCCUGUCCCAGGUGCAGCUCGUGUGGGGGCUCCCCGCCGCCUGGAUCCUGCUGGAGAGUAGCUGCCUGCAGGUCAACAUCGGCGGUGACGAAGACGCCGAUGGUAGACUUGGCGAUGCCCCCAGCCAAGCCGCCGCGAAAACCAACCUCAAGGCAGCUUCCUCCCAGCUGCCCGUCAUGCGCCUGGAGGUGCCCGUCACGCGGCUCUGCGUCGUGCCCAGACUGCGCGAGCCCUGCGCAGACUCGGCGGGGAGCGGCGCAGAGUCCCUGGACGCAUCCCCCAGCCUGCUGACCUCUGCGCUGGUGCUGGAGGCCUGCGUGAGGGGGAUGCACCUCGUCAGCGCCGCCACGUCGCCCCUGCUCCUGACUGCCAGCGCGGCCCAGCUGGCCGCUCUUGCCGGCAACCACCCAGACGAAGUAUACAUGGUCCCUGGCAAGAAUGUGUUGGCCGACGGCGCACAGCACACCACCACACAUUCUUUCCCGCUCUCGGUCUGGGACCGGCCCUGGCUCGAGACCCUGCAGCUGCAGCUGGACGCCGCGCGGCUCGAGGCCGUGGAGAGCGAUUCCAACACAGGUGCUGGGGCCCUAGGCUCCCUUCCUACGCAGCACAGGCUGCAGCUGCGGAGCGCAGGCAUCACGGCGACGCUGGCCGAGGGCCUGGGCGCGCUGGAGGCCCGCCUGAGCGGCGGCAUCGCCCUGGAGAUGCCCGGUCGGGCGCUGGCGGCGCCUGCUGCGGCGGAUGGGAGUAUCAGGGGCGAGGCGGGGGCCGGUGACGGAUCUGCCGCAGGACAAACAAGCGGGGCUUCCGGUGCAGGCAGCUCAUAUCAUGAGCCAGGGAGCACGUGGAGCGUGGCCGUCCCCGCUUCCAGCCUUGUGCUGUCGGGACCCCCGGGGAUUGAGGGUGGCACCCAGGCACAGCUGCUGACCCUUGGCCCGGGGCGCGUCCGCUGCAACCGCGACGGCGCCCUGGCCGUCGAGUCCUCCCUGCACCUGGGUCUUUUCGAACUGGAGCUGCAGCCCGAGGGCAGUGGGCUCCAGGGAGUGCGCCUGGCGGCGCAGGCCUGCUGCGUGGGUUGGGGCGCCGGCACCGAGGUCACCCUGGGCAGGCUGGCUGCCGACCUGGACCUGGGCGCCGCAGAACCGCACCGCGCCCUGCUGCGUGUCGCCGCCCACUCGUCCGGCGCGCCCGCGCUGCGCCUGCUCGCCAGCUCCGACUGGGAGCACAGCGGGCUGGGCGUGCACCUGGGCGGCGUGGACGUGGCGCUGACGCGCGCCGCGCUGACGGCGUGCCGGGGCUGGGCUGAGGCCCUCGCGCCGGUGGACGACCCCCCGCCCCUCCCGGCCUCGGCCUCGCACCUCCGCGUCUCCUGCGACAGGCUGGACCUCAGCCUCAGCACGACUGCAGGCUUUCAGGAGCAGGAGGGCGGGACGGAUGGCAGAUGCGAUGCCCUGCCCUCCAAACUCAACGCCUGCACCGUCCGGUUCCAGUCGGACAAGCUGGCGGUGACCCUGGUAUCCACCCCCGCCAGCGAGAACCGCCCCUGGAUGCCGGCGCACACCAGCGUAAGCCAGGCGGACGCCACGGUGCUCGCCUCCCAGCUGACCCUCUCGUACCCGGGAACACGACCUGGCCAGCGGCACAUGGCCCUGCUGCUGGCCCCCACCGACCUGCGGCUGGAGGCCGGGGUCUGGCCGCUCGGGCCCCGCGCCGUCCAAGUGCACGCCGGCGACCUCACCUGCGCCCUGUCGUGGCGGGACCUGGAGGUCCUGGCUUCGAUGGCAAGGGCCCUCGGGAGGGGUGGUGAGGGGGCCAUGGAAGCGGGGCGAAGCGGGGACGAGCCGGCCGGGGGAAGCGAAGACAUGGUGCCAUCGAAACGUGAUGGUGACCCGGCGGCCAGCGGCUCAGGCUCCUCGGCGGCCGACAGCUUGGACGAUCUGACGGCCGGGCAGGUUGCCGUGGCGGCCUGCGCCGGGCGCGAGAUCCUGCCCUCUCAGAUCCAGGGAUGGAGCGUGGAGAUGGAGGACGCCACAGCACAGCACCACCUCCUCUGGCGCUACCCCCGGCCGCGCCGCGUGGCCUGCCUCACCUUUCGGGCCCAGGCGUCGCACGUGGUGCACGCCGCCUUUGGCCUCACCGCCUACGACCCCGGGCUCCCCGCGCAAAGUGAGGAAAGCAAGAAUGCCAUCCCGCUCCGCCUGGAAGCCCUGGGUGACGACGACGGCUGCAGCUGGAGAAUAAUAGCCGCUCAACCAGCCCUGCCCGCCCAGUGCCACCAGCUGUGCUGGCGGGGCCCUCUCAGCCCGCAUGCCCUGCUCCCCUCCCUGCGCAUCAACCCGCUGGGCAUCGAUUCGGUGGAUCCACUGCCCCCGCUCAGCGCGCAGACGAGCCUCGCACUGCGAGCUGGCCGCCUGGCAGUGGCACUGCACGAGUACGGCCCGGAGGGGCGGCCUCCACUGACUUCCAUCUACGCCUCGGGCUUGGAGGCCGGCUGGCACGCCUUCCCCGACGGCGCCUGGGCGGCCAGGCUGGGCGGGGAGCCCGACGCCGCCCUCCCCCUGGACGUGUGCGAGCUGCCGCUGUCUUGCGAGGCGCCUCAGCAAGGGCGCACCAGCCUCCACGUCUCCGCCACCACCGCCCUGCGCGUCAACGCCUGGCAGUGGACGCCGUCGGCGCUGAGCCGGCUGUCGGGCCUGCGCCGCGCCCUCCCGCCGGCCCUGGUCCUGACCAACGCCACGCCCGUGGCUGUGGUGGUGCGGCAGGCGGGGGCCGAGGGUGCACAUUUACUGGGGAGCGGGGAGGAGGCGCCCUUCGCCUGGCCCCUGCCGCCCGCGGUGGUGCCGGGCGCCCGCCGCCGACUGCAGCUGGCCGCGGCAGGAGCGGCGUACCACAAGGGAGCCGCGCCCGCCCCUGGCCCUGAGACUGCCCGCUGGAGCGAGCCCGUCGAUACCGUCACCUGGACCCUGGUGGGCCUGCUGGAGGGCGGGGUCGCUGUCGAGCAGGCCGGCGCGGAGGCAGGGCGCGGCGGGCCCUGGCUGCGGAUCGACCCCGGGUCGUCCAGGGGCGCGAUCCUGACCCUGGGCGCCGCGGGGCCCUCGCCCAGCCUCCGGGUCUGGCUGGGGGGCGGGAGGAGGGAGGCGCUGGAUCUCACUGGGAGCGACGAUGGCGAGGACCGCGGAUCCCAGGUGCUCCUGCCGGACGCCAGGGUGCAGCCCCAGCCGCCCCCGCCCGAGCUGGCGGCCGCCUGCGCGCCCGUGGGAGCGCUGCUCGCCGGCGUGCGGUGCCGCGGGGGCGUGGGCGGCGUGACCCUGGCGGCCCCGGCCCGCCUGCGCAACGGCCUGGGAGUGCCCGUGCGAGUCCGCCCGGUGGGGGGGCCCAAAGGCCACCGCGGCGACGCGGUCCGUGUGCUUGACCCCGGCGCGAGCUGCGACCUGGCGGUGGUGCCGGUCGGCGGCGUCGCCUGCGUGGUCGAGAGUGCAGCCUCUGAUCCUCAGCCGCCGGGCGGCGCAGGACCGGGGUCGGCAGGGGGCGAGCAGGACCGGGGCGCGCCUGCGCUUGUCGCCACCCCCAGCCUGGCGCUCGUCUUCCCUCCGCUGCUGCCCAGCGCGGGCGGCCCGCAGCCUGUCGCGCCCAGCGGCUCGCCCCUGCGCACGCCGCCCUCGAUGGGCGGCUUUCGAUCUGGCGGCGCGACCCCGGCGUUCGUGCCCCCGCCCGGCUUUGCGGCGCGCGUGCACCUGGGGAGCACUCCCAGCUCCCCUCCAGCCCCCGCGCCAUGCCAGCUGGCCACGACCUGUGCCCCCGGCCCGCUGGGCGUGGCGGCGCUGGUGGUCACGCUGCUCCCCCGCUUCUUCCUGCACAACCUGCUGGGCGCCGAGGCCGCGGCCUGGGGCUGCGGCCUCGGGGAUGGCAGUGCUGCUGCUGCUGCGAGUGCCGGCAUCGUGAGACCAGGCGCCCCAUUCCUGCACCCCAGCGCCAGCGCCGUCCUCGCCUGCGACAGCGACGAUCCCCCGGAGUCCGACGCCCCCGCGCCGCCCCUCGGCGCCCUGCAGAUCGUCGUGAGGGGGCCGGGCGGCCUGGUCUGCCGCAGCGAAGCUGUGUCGCUGGCUGAAGCAGGUGGCGAGCGGAAGGGGCCCUGGACGCGGCGCCUGGUGCUGACGUCAGACACUGAUGGGGCGGGCGCGACGGCGCCCGCCCUGGAGCUGCACGUGCUGCUCAGUCUGUGGCGUGAGGACCACCACGGGGCAGCCGUGGUGUGGCACGCCAGCCUGGCGCCCGCCCUGCACGUGAGCAACGCAUCGGAGGAGGCGCUGGAGGUCCAGGCCGAGGGCGCCGUGGUCGAUUUCAGCGCAGGGGGAUCAGGCGACGGCCGGGCAGGCCCAUGGCAGCGAUGCUUGGCGCCGGGCGAGACGCAGGCCCUGCUGCUCGGCGCCCCGCGUACGCCCGGCGGGGGCGACGGGUUCUUCGGCCCGCGCCUGCGCUUCGCGCGCUCCGCCCCACACGGACCCCUCUGGGGCCCCGCCAUCUGCGCAUCUCAUGCCCUGGGCCGCCAGCGCAUGCACCUGCUCGGGGCCUGCGACGAGGCUGGCGGCGAGGGCGCCAGAGCGCCGCUGAUGGCCAGCUGGAGGGUGGUGGAGGUGGGGAACAGGAGCCACCUGAUCGUCUUCAGGGACCGCCAGCCGCCGGGUGUGCUGUGCAAUGCCACCUCUGAGACACUGGAGGUGGGCAUCUUCCUCGCUCCCUCGGAGUCGAAGGCAGGUCACUCUCGCCCUUCCCUGCCCCACACCGUUUUCCAGAUUCCGCCCGGGGAGGAAGUCGAGGCCGAGCUACUGCCUCACUGGCUGGCCCGGCCAGGGGAGCUCAGGGCUGGGUCCGGCCAGGGACCCCUGUCCCCAAGGCGCGAUGCUGCUGCCACCGGACCCAGCGGCACGGCCUGGGACGACAGCGAGGACGAGGACGCGUUUCUGGACUGCCUGCAGGCGAGGGCCGAGUCCGGGGACCCUUGGGCGCACCCGCUCCUGCUGCGCCCGGGCCGGCACGAGCUGGCGCGGGGCUUGACCGUCGACGUCGCCCGGCGCUGCGCGGGGCUGCGCGUCGCGUUUUGCAGCGCCCCGGCCUCCCUGCCUCCAAAGGCGCCGCCGUGCCAGCGUCUGCAUGCCGAUCUGGCGCUGGCCGGCCUGGAGCUCUGUCUGUGGGACGACGAGCGCGGUCUGCUGGCGCCCCCGCCGCGGCGCUGCGAGGGCGCCGACUCCCGUCACAGCGCCGGCCGGGAGGUCGCGGCGCUGGCGCUGCGCGGCCUGCGCCUGCGCGCUGACCUGGCGCCCUGCCUCCGCGGCGAGGGCGUGGAGGUGGCCGCCGACCUCGCCUGCCGCGCGCUGCAGCUGGACGCUUUGGCUGGUGAAGGACGGACCAUGCCCGUCCUGCGCACCGCGCCUGUGCGAAGUUUGACCCGCGCCUAUGACGCCGGGCGCGGCUCUGGAAAUCUUGGCGGCGGCACGGCCUCCGCCUCUCUCCGCGACGCGCCGUGGGCGCACAUCUGCGUCAGGCACGUGCCGGGCGCGCCACCGCUGGCCCCCAGCUUUCGCAACGCCUGGGUGCAGGACGCGCGCUUGGCGCUGCCGCCCCUGGCCGCCGCCGUCGACGACGGGGUGGUGGCCUUUGCGCGGCGCGUGCUGGGGUCGUUGGAGGCUGGUGAGGCCGAGCACGGCGACGCGAGUCUGGGGUUCGAGGACUCGACCACCCCGAUGUCGCCCAGCGGCGCCCUUCGUCGAGCCCUGACGGCCGAGGCGGCGGGGGCGGCGGCCAGCCGCCUCUACGUGGCGUCCUGCAUGGUGCAACCGAUCUCUGUCCUCCUGGACGUGCACCUGGCGGCGGGGACAGCUGGCAUCCCCGUGGCGUUGGACACGACGAGCGCCCCGCUUUCCUUCUCCGCCCUGGCGAUGCGCGACGCGCUCUUCCGGCCGCACGUGCUGGCUCGGGGCCUGGCGGCGCAUGCGCUGGCGGAGGCGCUGCUGGGCGCGCCGCGCAUGCUGGGCUCCUUGGCCCUGCUGCUCAACCCCGCGGGCCUUAUCGGCCAGCGACUGUGA